GGAAGGCUCGGCGAGCCCCCAUGGCCCUGGCGCCGGGGCAGCGGGCGCGGUAGCGGGCUGCGGGUGAGUCAGAGCCGCCCGGAGAGGGCGGGCUGGACAUGAGCCGCGCCGCCGGGCUGCGAGCGGCGGCCGGAGGCUGAGCAACAAAGAAGUUUCCCCGGCGGCGCGGCGCGGCGCUCCCUCAUGCACGCCCCCGGCCGCCAUCCCUGGGGCUCUGCCCGGCGGGCGCCCGCCGCCGACCCCGGCGCGGAGCCCCGAGCGGCGCUGCACAGCAGCCCGGACCUCAGCCGGGCCACGCGGCUCAGCGUGGGGGAGCUGCGCUCCCUCUUCGAGGCGCGCUGCGCCGCCGUCGCCGCCGCCGCCGCCCGGCAGCUGCCCGACCCGGCCAAGCGGGGCUGCCGGCCCCCCAACGGCGUGCUGCCGCCCGUCAUCCCGCGCCUCACCGUCACCGCCGAGGAGAGCGAGGAGUCGCAGGGCAGCCCCAAGGCGCCGCCGGCGCACCCGGAGGGCGGCUGGCUGAGGACGGACGGCUCGCUGCACCUGCAGUCCCGCAGGCUGUCCACCUCCUCGCUCUCCUCCACGGGCUCGUCGUCCCUCCUGGAGGACUCGGAGGACGACGUGCUGAGCGACACGGAGGGCAGGAGCCAGGGCAUCGUGCACCUGGAGCGCGGCGACGACUCCAACCAGAAAAAGGCAUGGCAUACAAUUAAAACCAUGGUUAACUUACCAGUGAUAAGCCCCUUCAAGAAACGCUACUCGUGGGUGCAGCUGGCUGGGCAUACAGGGAGUUUCAAGGCAGCUGAUAGUGGUAAGAUUCUCAAACGCUUCUCAGAAAAUGAAAAGGAAUGUUUUGAGCGACUGAUGAAAGACCCACUACGAUCCUGCGUCCCUUGCUUCCAUGGUGUGGUGGAGAGAGAUGGAGAGACCUACAUUCAGCUGGAUGACUUGCUUACAGAUUUUGAAGGGCCGUGUGUGAUGGACUGUAAGAUGGGGAUCAGGACAUACCUGGAAGAAGAGCUGACUAAAGCCCGUGAGAAACCAAAGCUGCGUAAGGACAUGUACAAGAAAAUGAUUGAAGUGGAUCCUCUUGCUCCCACAGCUGAAGAGAAUGCUCAGCAUGCUGUCACCAAGCCCCGAUACAUGCAGUGGAGGGAAACAAUCAGCUCUAGUGCCAACCUGGGCUUUAGGAUUGAAGGGAUUAAGAAAGCAGAUGGAACAUGCAACACAAACUUCAAAACUACGAAGACACAGGAGCAAGUUCUCCAAGUUUUUGUGGAAUUCAUUGAGGGCAACACAACUAUUCUGAAAAAAUACCUCAAGCGUCUGCAGGAAAUUCAUAUCAUUCUUGAAUCCUCAGACUUCUUCAAGCGACAUGAGGUCGUUGGUAGUUCACUACUUUUUGUACAUGAUGGCAGUGGGAAUGCCAAUGUGUGGCUGAUUGAUUUUGGGAAGACCACCCUUCUCCCUGAUGGGCAGACGCUGGAUCAUAGGAUCCCCUGGCAAGAAGGCAACAGGGAAGAUGGCUACUUGUUGGGACUGGACAAUUUGAUUCGCAUCUUGGAAAGCAUCACGGAAAGAUGAGUUGUAAGUGGCACAAAACUUACAGGGCUGCUUUGUAACUAACUUUCUUCUCUACUGAGAUCACUCAGAAGGAAACUGCUGUAACUCGCUCCCUUCAGACUCCUGAGGUCAUCACAGUGCAGAGGGAACUACAUCCAGAACCCAGCAGCUAGUUAUCAAAAUGACUUUGCGUCAGCCCUCUGUGAACCUAAAUAACUAACUCCGGAUUGGUCUGCAUUGCACCAGCCUAACAUAAGACUGGUCCUCAGAGAAUCAAGAUCUCCAUACUCAGGAAUCACACCAGCAUGAGUCAAGAGGUCUGUAUGGUAAAGCAGAAUGAUUCUGAUUUCUGGUAAACUGAUGGGACUUCCAGAUCACCUCUCAGUGAUCCAGAGCAAGUGCUUGGGAAUUCAGGGGAGGAAUAAUAAUUUUUCAGGGAACUGGAUAGUUUUGAAAUGAGCAGGAGUGUUUCUUUUCUUUCACCCUAAUUCCAAGUCUUCUUGCUCCUGUGUAAACUAUAGGUUGGACUAACAACAGCUGCUGCCUUAUGUUAUGGGUGUACUCAAGGUGGAAAUCGAUGAUAAUCAGGAGAAUCCUGGAGUAAAGUGAGACAGCAGUUGUAGUGGCUGUAUAUGGUAACUGUUGUUGAUUAGUCCUCCUCAUCCCCACCUUAGCCUCAAUUCACUUCUGUCCAAGAGCAGCCUUUGCUUUUUUAUGUAGCCUCUCAGGAGAUAACAGAUAGUCCAGGGAGAGAGUAGCAGCUUGUUGUCUCCAGAAAUAUUUGACUUUUCAAACUGGGUGGGCUGUUGGAAAAGCGCCUAGCUUGGCAGGUUUGGCCUCUUGCAGCUGAACUACAGCUGUGAAAAUCAGUGAUUGCACUCUAGCACUCAGACUGGGGAACUAAGGGGGUUUUUCAAGGCUUGCUCAUUUUUAACAUAAAACCACUGUACACAUGCAAAUACAUGCACACACUAGUAGCCAGUAACCAAUGUGAUCUUUUAAGAUUAUAGUUUGACUGUCUUCUGAUGCACAUGAAAGAGGUGAUUUCUUGACCAUGCUCCUAUUCCCAAGUACAAUGCUGCCACUGAAGUGUGUAGACUUAAAUAAGUACUUUUAUAUAAAAGUGUAUAGUGCAGCAAUCAGGAAACUAAAGUUCCUGCAUCCACAGCAUUACACUAAUUAUAAUUCCUAGACAUUCCCCCUCCAGUAUAUCAGCUGUUAACUCAGGGCAGUUUGGGGGAAGGAAUAUCAAUAUAUCACAUCCCUUAAUCCCUGUCUGGAAUCACAGGACCACUUUUGGUUUUGGUUUACUCUUUUCUGCUGUGGCACAGCCACAGAAAAUUCACAGUGAUUCACAGUGUUUAGAUUAAAAUCAAGAAAGACUGAAGUGAUACUUCUUAUAAUGGCUUCAUACAUCACCUCUGUUGGUUGCCUCUUGUCACUUUAGCAGUUCUAUAAAUAUAACAGGAUAUAAAGACCAUCAGUAUUCACCUGUUCACUUACGUUCCAGGCUUUAAUAUAAAUAUAUGUUGAUGCAGUUGCCAAAAUGAGGACAUGACUUAGAUUAGUGUUUGAUUAAUUCACUUUUAACAUCUUGAGCUGGUAAUGCACAUUGAUCAGAAAUUGCUGUCUCUUGUGAGUGUCCUGUGCACAGAAGAGAUUUCAAGAACUUCAGGAUAGAUGAAGGUAACUCGGUGCUUUGGGGAGCAGCUUUUUCAAGAAUAACUAACUGUGACCAUGAGCAAAAGUCCUGUAGAGAGUAGCUCUGGAAUGAAAUGCAUCUGUAACGUUUAUAGUUUGAAUCAUAGGGAAAUCAAAGAGUUACUUCUGAUAACAGACUCUUGUACUAUGAGAUCAGAUUUGAGAACUUAUUCAUCACCUCUAAACAGCAGUAUUAAAAAUGCAGUUGUGCCCUAAAGAUUAGAGGACAUUGAAUGGGUAUCCUGUGGGAAAAAGUGAGGUGUGGAGACAUUUUGUUGUCAAACAGAGGUUGUUUGAAACUGAUAAUUAUUUUUGCAGUUCACUGCAAAUUCAGACUUCUUCUGUGGCCUUCUACAGUCCUUCUCAAUUUAUUUUUGUGAUAGUAUGCUAAUGAAUUUUCCAUUGGUUUUUUUUUUUUUUUUUUUUCCCCAGAGGUUUUAUUAGCUGUUUCAAAGAGUUUAAGCUUUUUUUUUUUUUAAAGUUGUGGUGAGCUUCCGGUAUUGAACUUGCAUGUUGUAAUUUCUGAUGCCUUCUAACUUUGGAAUUGCUAUGAGAUGACAAAUUAAUCUGUGGUGAUUUUUAUACUAUUUUUUAAUUAAGAAAAAGUCCUCCUCUUUUUCUGCAGCCAACAGGUAAACUAUCAGCUAGCAAUGCUUAAGGAGAAAAAAGGAGUAAAUAAAUCUCACAGGACUACCUUUAAUAACAAGGCAUUUUCUCUAAGACUGCAGUUUCAGGGAUUUAGGGAAAAAACAACCAAAAACAGACAGAACUGGAAAAGGUUAAAUAAAGUAUAAUGAGACAGGGUGAUACAAUUAAUUAGUGUUUUGCCUAAUUAACUUUCAUAAUGCUUUUUUCUGUUAACAUAUGUGAACCUUUUGCAUCAGUGUGUUAUUUUCUGGAUGGGGGUGGAUUUAGGAGGUAAAAGUUAGCUGAUACUCCAGCAUCACUUGAGAAUGUGUCAUGAACUUUUGGAAUUCAUGUCUUGUUUUAAAGAAGUAGAAGCAAUGUGGUAGCAGUACUUCAGAAACCUGAUUGCUGCUAGCACCUCCGAGGGUGGUUUGUAGACCCUCAUCUUGGAGAUAACAAGGGAACCUCUUCAGGGCUGUGCAGUAGGUGAGAAGAUGGGGGUGGGAGAGGGGAGAAGGAAAACCUCAGCUAUAGCAGUCCUUGUUUCCUUAUUCUGGAAAUUCAUUCUAGAUGCUAAAUAGUUCUAGUAAGUUUGUUUUAAAAUUACUCUUUGGCUUAUCAAAGAGCUAGAAAGGAAGAAACCACAAUCUAAUAUUAUGCUGCUGUUACAGGAAAGGUGCAAAGGAGGGAGCUUUUCAUUAGCAAAUGGCAAGUAUAGGACUGCAAAUGUGAGGACUGGAGCUCUCAGGGACUGGAGGCUGUGAGAUCAUGAGCAAAUGAUCACAGGGUAAGUUAGAUAACCUUGAUUCACAUCAGAAGUCCCUGAGUGGCUCUUUGUGUACAUUCACGUGCUACCGUGAGGAAGCAGAUACCUUUCUUUUGCUAUGGAGUCAGUUGCCUUGAACAAGCUUACAUUUGUAUGAGAUCAACAUCACAGGUAUUUGCCAUAUAAGAGCUGAUGCAGGAUAACCAAGGCACUUGCUCACGUACAAGUCCGGAACACAGUUCUUUAAAUGCUUCUGCUGGGGUAGUCCCUCACUUUGGAGACAAUGAAAUCACAUGUGUUUCCACAACAUGGGAAGAUAGCUUGUCCAGGCAUGGAGCAGCUAACAUCUGAGUUAGGCACCAAGGUCAUUAAGCUCACUAGAUAGAUGCAGCAGAGUUCAGUGUGAAUCUAGCAAUAGGACUUCUCUUCCCCAGCUUUGACAGUGACUUGUGUUUUGGCCUUGGGCAGCUAUCCUCGGCCUCAGUUUUGUUCCUGUUUUACAGAUGGUAAUAGUACUAGUACUAUUAAUACUAUUAAUAGUACUAGUAAUAGUAGUAAUACUACUCAUACCUCACAGAAUGGUAUGAGGCUGUACUUCAUUUUUGCCUGCAAGAUGCCUUGAGGUUCUUUGGUGGAAGGUACAACAUAAAAAGAAGUACAUAAAGAAGCAUAUUGGAUGAGUUUAAAAAUGAUAGGCAUUAAGGUUCCCCAUGGAUAUACAUUUGGAUUAAGUUUAACCAAAGUGAUGCUAAUUAAAAUGCCUCUGUAUUUUGCACGUGGAAUAUUCACUUAACAUCUGAUUACGAUUCAGUUCUGAUGAUAGGGAAAGAUUUCAAUGGGAUUUGGACUAAACUCGUGAGUAUCUCACAGGGCUCUUGCUUUUUUUUUUUGUAUUGGUGUCAUUAUUUUUUGUUAUUCUUACAGUACUGAGAUCAAAUGACCUGUAUUGUCAACAGUGCUUCUGUUCUGAACACUACAAUGCAAUGCUGACUGUGGUCACUUUUGACUGUAUUGGCUGAGUGUUUGUUACUCUUAAGUGUGUAUGCUAAUAAAUACAUGAGACUGAAGGAAAAAAGGGCAUCCGUGGUGAUUUGGUCACAGAAGAAUAAUAUUUUCUUAAAGAGCUUCCCAAUGCUAGAGACAAAACCUUAUUAUUUUAGUGUUUCUUGCAGUUUUAGGCUUAGAACCUACUAUUUCCUGAAAUAAAACUGGUUCUGAGACAUCUGGAAGCUGACAUUGCAGCUUUGUUCCCAACACCAUGCGAAGUUUGAAGGCUUUCUUAGAAGUAAGUUAUCUCUCGAAAAUCCAAUUCUUACAGCAUAUUAAAAAAUAAUGCGUUAAGAUGUACUUUGCACACAGAGCAGUUAACUGUUUCCACAAGGCUGUCUUUUGUGGUAGUAGGGGAUAAACAGUGCUCUGUUCCUGGAGUCAGUCCUCCACAACUGGCAACCUUUCUCAAGCAAGAUGGUGUCCUCUUACCUGUGUGCAAACUGUAUUUAACACAGAGGAAAACAAGUAGUCAGCAUUAGCAUCUCUUUAUUUUGUGUUGCAAAUAUAAAGUAUACAUUUGUCCAACUUGAAAUUGCAUAGAAGCAGGCUUGUCAUCUACUUAUGCACAGUAGUCACCCAAAAAGGUAAGUUGACAAGAAGUGCUGCCGUGUUCAGAGGUAACAACAAAUCAGAACUGGUUCAAUUAAACAAAAGUGUUGUGUGAUGAGACUAGCAGAUGUUAGUGAUGUCAUGCCUAAGGUCUCUGCAUCAGAUUGCUCCAGCUAGGAGCAGGAAGAGCAAUGCCACAGCUGCAGGAGAAAACUCAUCUGGCAUAGCACUGCUGCUCAGCAGUUUGAAGAGUGAUCCCUGGCUCACGCUGCUGCAGAGAUGCACAUACUUUGGGGAAAACCAUAUUCCCAGCAGUAGAGUUCUGUUUCAGGUAAGGUAGUAGGAGGGUAUUGGAGGUGGAAUAAGUUAUACGUGCAAAAGCCCAUAUCUAUGUAAUUAUAUCUGUGAAACUGUCUCAGUGUACACCAGCCCACUGGCAAGUAAGUGGAGAACUUACCUGGGGAAAAGGGUUGAUGUAAGUGGAAACCUUAAAUCUGUGCACAGUUAAAAAUUCUGUCUGUUUAAAGGGAAAAUGAAGAUGCAAAACUCUUGAAGUAGAGGAGAGAAAAGAUAACAAGAAUAUCAACGAAUGUGAAAAGAAAAAAAAGACAAAUUGAAAUUCGCAUUAUUUCAUCUUUUGUUAUUACAGUCCUCUUAAAAUGUAGGUGUGAGGCUGCAUGAAGGAACAUAAAGUACUAAUGCAGAAUCCAGAAGAAAAAAAAAACAUCUCUAUAUACACACAUCUAAAACUGAGGUGGUAGAUAGAUAGUCUUUGUUAAAAUGUAGACACUCAAUGGGAAGAACAAUUUAUAGAUACCUAUACAGGGCAGAUUCUUCACUGGGGAGCUGUUGGAAGACUUUCCAUGUGGAUUACAUGACUAAAUAAUGCUAGUCUCCAGCUCAAGUCAUUCCUCUCCAUAACAAAAUCAUUUUUUUGGGCUUUAGUUGCCCAAGUAAUCUAAUUUUGACAGUAUGGGUUAAACUCAUUCAUUUUGCACUAUGCGCAUCUCCUUAAAAGACUAUUUCAAGUAAAUGGUAUUUUGAAAUGGUAAAAUUUGGACACUGUGAAAUCUGUCGUUGUAUUAACAGUCUAAGAAUUGUAGGAAUUAGUGCUUGGUUGUAGUAUACAUUAUUUAGAGUUAUUUUUCUUUUUAGAUAACCUGUUUUGGACAGCAUAUUGCAUCACAGUAGGAGCAGUAUUAGCAUUAUUUCCUCCUGUAUUGUCAUUUAAAAAAAUCUUUACUAUGAGGUUUUUGAAAAGCAUCUAAGAGAUCAGAUACACGCAGAAAAGCUAUUACAGAUCAGAGAAUGGUGGUGUCUGUGUUGACAGAAGUUUGCUUACCUUUAUUUCUACUUGAGGGAGGUAAGAACACACAUAAAAAGCACGUUGCUAAUGCAGAUGCUUAAAGUUCUCAGACAAUUCUUUUAGUGCCUAUUUGGUCUGCACAGAUCCACGUUCUGUCUUGUUAGGAGACAUCUGACUCAGUACACCCUGAGCUACAUGCUGUUGUAAACUAGCAAUGUUCAUGUAAGAGAUAAUCACUGCAUGCUUAUUCUACUCUUACAAGUGCCCUUCAACACCCUGCUAUUGGUCACUCAUAGAGAUAAGAUAUUGGGCUGGAUGGAGGUUUACUGUAGUUCAGUGGAGCUUUUUCCCUGUUCUUUCUGUAUAUAUAAAUAUGACUUAACUAUUCGUUGAAAACAUCUGUGUUGUCCAAAGUGCUAGACUGAUGAACUUGCUUACAUUUUAUGAAUAAAUUAAGAGAGAGCUGCAUGCAAGACCACCUGUAGCACUGGUAAGUAGUGGAAACUAUAGUACCAACUUUACUCUGCUCUCACUUUACUUUUCUCACUUUAUUUUUCAAUGUCUUAUGUAGUUUUAUCAAUAUUUGCUUCUCUAAAUUCAUGAAUGAAGUUGAAGCACAUGCUGCGUAUGUGAAAAACAACGGUAGCUCAAAGUGAGCUCAGCAGGGAUCCCCCGCCUGCUUCUCACUGGAAUGCUAGCAUUAUUGUAUAUAGAUGAGCUGCUGUUAAUCCAGCUAGCCAAGAUUAGGUCUGUUUAUUCUUGACAAGCAGGUUGUAGAGGUGGGCUGCCUGCGACUUAACCAGAAAUGUUAGCAUCUGCAAGGAGAAGGACGAGUACCAUAAUUUCCUGCUAACUCUACCUCAUCUUACCUGGCUGUAGCAGUUCCUGGACACAAGGUAGGACAGACAAUGGGCUAAAAGCACUUGUAACCUCACAACAUGGAUUUGGAAUUUUUUUCAUGCUAUACAGCUCACUGCUAAAAGGAUCAUCAUCAUCAUCAGUAAGAUCUGGAAACCAGAAUAUAUAAAACUACUCAUUCUGAAGCUUAAGGUCUAAGACUACAGGAAGCUGGG